CUGAACUAGUGAAAAAAAGAUAAAACAGUGGUCACCUUGCGCGUGCCUUGCGCAGUGGUUGCUUUGUGAUCGAUAGAAAAGAACAAAUAGAUCUUAUUGAAAAUGUGAUAGAACGAGAUAAAAAUACUGCGAGUGUAGAAAUAGGAAUUCAAAAUGGCGCGUGUCAACUGAUCCAAAUUUUGCCCAUUCUCGAUGUGAAAAGUGCGAAUUUCUGUCAACCAAUCGUCGAUUUUUUCGAGUAGCAGUGAAAAUGUGUAGCAUAACGUAAAUGUAGUGGAAAAACACAGUAUUUUAUGUUCGUUUUGGGUUUUUAUUUCUGUUCCGAGACAAUGGCAUUUGUGAAUGUUUCCUACUGAAGUGCUAUUCUUGUUUUGUCCUGGAUAAAUAUGAAUACUGGUUUUACUGGGGAUAACAUUUACGAUUUCUCUUCAGAAGAAAAUUCGGCGAAAUGGAAAGGCCUCCUGACAGCAGCAUUGAAAAAAGUUUUGGAACAAGUCCACCCAUCACUUGGGGCUCGAGAAGAUGCUCUAGAAUAUGUGGAAAGUCUCUGUUUACGUUUACUUGCCAUGCUGUGUGCAAAACCUAGUCCUCAUACUGUUCAGGAUGUGGAAUACAGGGUACAAAGUACCUUUCCUACACCCAUUGACAAAUGGGCAUUAAAAGAAGCACAGGAAGCCCUGGACAGGGGCAAGAAGAAGUCAGUAUUGCAGUUACCUGUGGAUAAAAUUCAUAAUUUGUUGCAAAAAGAACUUUUACUCUAUAAGGUGGACUCCACGGUAUCCUUAUUUCUUGUGGCUGUUUUGGAAUACAUAUCUGCAGACAUUUUGAAAUUGGUGGGAAAUUAUGCAAAAAACAUUAAGCAUGUGGAAAUUACUUAUCAAGAUGUGCAGAUUUCUAUGAAAGUUGACAAGGCUCUCAUGGACAUGUUCUAUCAAGACGAAGGUGGAGGAGCGACAAGUUUGAACGAGACCCCUGUCGUGGUGCAGGCUGCCCCACGCACUAGUUUGACCUACGAAGAAGUGGUCAGAGAACUGAUUGCCUCUGAGAAGGCCUAUCUGAAAGAGUUGCACAUGUUAAUCAAAGUGUUCAGGGAGGAAAUAAUCAAAUUGAAACCAGGACCUCAGGACAUCGAGAAAAUCUUCUCGAACAUAAUGGACAUCUACGAACUGACUUAUACGUUGUCGGGAAGCUUGGAGGACGUGAUCGAAAUGGCGCAGGAGCAAAUGCCGUACAUCGGAAGUUGCUUCGAAGAACUGGCCGAAGCCGCCGAAUUCGACGUGUACAUCAAGUACUCGCGCGACGUGACGACCCCCACCUGCCGAGAUACGCUCAACCUGUUGCUGGGCCGCCCCGACGUCCAGAGCGCCCUGUGUACGGCCGGACAGGGGAUGCCGCUCGCUCUCAGAUACUACCUGCCAGCCCUGCUGAUGGGCCCCAUCUGGCACUGCUUCUCAUAUCUGGACUACGUCAAGCUGCUGCGAGGUUUGUCGCCCUCCUCGGAGGAUAGGGAAACUUUGACGCAAGUCGAGGGGCUGUUGAAGCCCUUGCAGAUCGCCCUCGGAAAUUGCGCCCCCGCUCAAUCCCUGCCGCGCAGUCUGGCGCCCCUGCCGCAAGCCAGGGCGAGACGACAAGCUGCCCUCAUCAAAAUCCACGAGCUGGAGAAGGUCGUCGAGAAUUGGGACUCCAAGGACCUCGGCCAAUGCUGCAACGAGUUCGUGCGUGAAGACGUUCUGGUCAAGGUCAGUCCAAACCGACGGCUCACCGAGCGACGCGUCUUCCUCUUCGACGGCCUCAUGAUCCUCUGCAAGCAAAGCAACUCGAGAAGACAGAGCUCCGUGCACCAGAGCCAUCCGGAGUGCCGGCUCAAAGAGCGGUUCUUCGUCCGAAGGGUGGAGAUCAUCGACCACCAGGACACGGAGGAGAUCAGGAACGCGUUCGAGAUAUCGCCCAGGCAGAUGCCGUCGGUGAUACUGUGCGCCAAAACGGCCGAGGAGAAGAAUUCUUGGAUGGCGGAUUUGGUGAUGCUGAACAACAGAUCGAUGUUGGAGAGAGUUUUGGACAGUAUUUUAUCGGACAUUGAGAGGAAGCACCCCUUGAAAUUGCCCCCACCUGAAUUGUACAAGUUUGCCGAACCUGAUUCCAAGGACAACAUCAUCUUGGAACAGAGGGAAAACGGAGGUGUACCCUUGAUAAAAGGGGCGACUUUGUACAAGCUGGUGGAAAGACUGACCUAUCACAUUUACGCUGAUCCGAAGUUCGUGCGCACUUUCCUCACUACUUACCGGAGUUUUUGCUCUCCCACCGACCUGUUGGAUUUGCUAAUCGAGCGUUUUCAAAUUCCUGAUCCAUCGUUGGUGUACGAACAAGAUUGCUGCGAUACCGAUAAAAUGCAGAAAAACAACCAGAGGGAGGAUUGGAAGAAGUACAGGAAAGAGUACUGCCAACCGGUCCAAUUCAGGGUAUUGAACGUUUUGAGGCACUGGGUGGACCAACAUUUCUACGAUUUCGAAAGGGAUGCCUCGCUGUUAGGAAAACUUCAAGAAUUUCUGGAUUCAGUUCAUGGAAAAAGUAUGAGAAAGUGGGUGGAUAUCGUUAUUAAAAUAGUACAAAGGAAGAUGGAAAACGAUAACCAGAGACACAUAAAAUUCGCCUUUGACGAACCCCCACCACCGAUCGAGAAGCACAUCAAUUGCGGCGAAGACGAGUACGGCAUCCUGACUUUGCAUCCGGUCGAGAUUGCCCGACAACUGACGAUACUCGAGUUCGAUCUAUACAGGACGAUUAAACCUUCCGAAUUGGUGGGCACCGUAUGGACCAAGAAGGACAAGGAGAUCACCAGCCCGAACUUAUUGAAAAUGAUCAAGCAUACGACAAACUUCACGAGGUGGCUCGAGAAAAACAUAGUGGAAGCUGAAAAUUUUGACGAAAGAGUGGCCAUCUUGAACAGGACCGUCGAAAUAAUGAUAGCUUUGAACGAAAUAAACAACUUCAACGGUGUUCUAGCUAUAGUAUCGGCUACCAACUCUGCUUCUGUGUAUAGGUUAAAGUUUACUUUCAGCGUAUUGUCUCAGCAAAAUCGCAAAGCCUUGGAGGAAUACAGAUCGGACGAUCAUUUCAAAAAGUACCAAGAAAAACUCAGAUCGAUAAAUCCACCCUGUGUACCCUUCUUGGGCAUGUAUUUGACCAAUAUACUUCACAUAGAAGAAGGCAAUCCGGACUUUCUCCCCAACACGCAGCUCAUAAAUUUUUUCAAAAGGAGAAAAGUCGCCGAGAUCACCGGAGAAAUACAGCAAUACCAAAAUCAACCUUAUUGCUUCAACGUAGAACCAACCAUAAGGCAUUUUUUUGAGAAUCUCAACCCGUUCGGGGACAUGAACGACACCGACAUUUGCAACUAUUUGUACCAAAAGUCGUUGGAAAUCGAACCGAGAGGCAGCAGGAUCGUGCCGAGGUUUCCGAGAAAGUGGCCGAAUUUGAGCUUGAAAUCGCCCGGAAUCAAGACGGUGAAAUCCGGGAAGAGCAUACCGAGUGCUGUCGCCAACACCAUCAAUCAGACCCUCAAUUCAACGAUGAAGAGUGAUGAUUCGAAGAGCGAGGAUUCAUCGAAAUCCGACAGUGAUUUUAGCGUCUUCGCGUCGGUGCAAUUAGGAGCCGGUCAGAACAGCCCGACGUUGAGUCCCGUCUCUCCUGCCGCGUCGAAUCCCAUCAUGAACUGGUUCAACCACACCAGGAGCCCCAGCGUCAGCUCCAUAAUGUCCACGACGUCGUUCAGGCAACCGAGAGGGGAACCGACGCCUGUUCCACCUCAACACCUGCCGCAACGGUACAGUCACAACAGCCAGAGCUCGACGGGCGGGCCGAACAGCCCGGGGGGCCCUCACAGCCCCGCCUCUCCCGGACCGCUCGAGCCCGUCAGCCCCCGCCUGCCGCCCACUCCGCCGCCACCGCCGCCCCCUCUGCCGCCGAGACGGAGAAGGGACAGUCCCGAGAUCAGUUCCCCGCAACAGAUGAAACAGGCUCCGGACGCCCCGAUCUUACCUCCCCGCGACUCCACUCUCCCCUCCGUCUCUCGCGACGCUUCUCCGCCCCCUCUACCGCCGCGCCGUGAGCCCGGCUCCUCCCCUGGCGGCUCCCACUCCGCCCACCACUCGCAAAACUCCGCCCACCACCCCGCUCACCACUCGUUCGUCAACGUGCCGUCCAUCGGUCACGUGGGGGCGGGCGGCACCUUGCCCCGUCUCAAUCCUACCCACACGUCGCAGCUGCACAUGCGCCGGCACGCGGCGCUCCAUCCUGCGAGUCACCACAAGGGCCAGCAACAGGUGGGCGGGCACCAGCAACAGGUGGGCGGGCACCAGCAGCAGGGGGCGGUGCUGCACAACGGCGGACCGGGAGCGUCAUCCACCUCCUCUUCUUCCUCCUCGCCCCACCAGCAGCCGCCUAGCAUAUCGCCGCGCUACGGCAAAGACGCUGCCGCCCUUCCGACGGGGGGCGGCCAAGCGACGCCGCAGCUGCCGCCGCGACCCGUCGUCAGGUCGGCCGGCAUCGCGACGUCCGUCACGAUGUUCCAGUAUCCGAACACGACGAACACUUGAGGUGUGGCUGGGGUGUGUCGGAAGAUUGGGAUAUUCAUAAUGCGGCUGGAGGAUUUCAAGCGGAUGGAGGAACAUUGAGCGAGAGGAAAAUUCAAAUGUUUGCAAUGUUACGCUUAUCAUCAGGUAUCAAUGCUUGGCUAUGAGCGGUGUUUUCGGUUUCGGGGCAUUUGCGAUUUAUAAAAAAUACUUUUUUUUCAAUCAUCUUCAAAACCUGCAUAAGUUCUGCUCUAUUUUGGUUAUUGUUGGUCUCGAGUUAUUCGACAAAAUAGAGGACUUCAAAAAUUAGAUCGUUUGGAACUAGAAAACUUAUCCUUUUGACUUCUUAGCUUGAAGUUAUUUCUCGCUAAUUCCCCAAAACUGUUGCCAAGAUCAGUACAAAUAACAAAAAACCUCACGAAACUUGUUGCAGAGAUGUUUGUCUCUACAGGGUGUCAAUGAAAUGGUGUCGCAAAUUUCGGGGGAUGUUUAUGAACAGAAAAUUCGUUUUUCCAAUUUCUCUGAUAUUUCCACUAUUUGUUAGUAGGUAUCUCAAUGAGGUAUCUUUUGGAUUUAAUGAAUUUGAUCUAGUAAUUACAGAGGCGUACUCACGGGACCAUUUAAGUAGCUAUUUAGUUGAUAUUUUGCUGAUGUUGAUGAUUUUUCGGAUGAAACAACUAAGAAUUCAAAAUUUCUUGCUCGCUCUCGAGAAAACAAAAAACCACAGGAGGUCCUUCUGUGAAAACGUCAAAAUGUAAAUAAAAACUUUUGGUCAUGAAAUAUAAUAAAGAAUCAUCCCCCCUAGAAUUCGUUAGGUACACAAUUUCAAUCAUACCCUGUAUACAUUGAAAUAAUUUCGUUUAUCACAAGCGCACAGUAAAUUAGUCAGUAAGGUAUGUGAAAUUGUAAAGAAACUAGUGAAUUGAAUUUUAUAUUUUUGUGGAUUGUUCUUGUGUGGAACUCGGAAGUGGAAUCGACUAGUCAAAAACUUUACAUCAUUUUAAUUUAGGGAUAAAAAAGAAUAAUCGUUUUAGUGUAAUGGUCGUUGUUUUCCUGAAUCAAAAUUCUUCAAUGAGCAAGUUCAGCUCAUAGCACUCUUUGAAAAUCUGUCGCCUGUGACACACUGGUUAGUUUCCAAAGUUUCAGAAGUUGAGAUUCAAACUUGGACAGAAUUUUGGAAUUUCAAACAUACUGUAUAAUUUCAUAACUAUUAUUGUUCACCCAUCAUAUACACAGUUAGUGAUGUUGUCAUGAAAUUGGCAAAGAACCUUCGAUGUCAGACCGAAAUAUUAAAAAUAUUUAAUUUCGUUAUUAAACUACUACACUAGCUGUAUACAGUGGAAACUAGCCUCAUAUUUCUGUAGGCAAAUUCCUACAUGGUCCUUCGAGUCGGAUCCUGUAGGAUCUUGCCUACAGAAGUAUGGGGCUGGUUCCCACUUGUUACAGCUAGUGUAGUUGUUUGAUAACAAAAUUAUAUAUUUUCAAUAUUUUAGUCUGACAUUCAAGGUUCCUUAUUGAUUUCUUGAUUGUGUAUCAAAAUUUGAUAGUAUUCAUGACAUCAUCAACUGUGUAUAUAUAAUGGGUGAACAGUAAAAGUUAUAAAAUUAUUUUACACAUACUGUAAUUUCCGCAUAAUCUGGAAGUGUUGAGGGAGCAAAAAAUAUUGAGAAAUUUGUCAACUUUGAGAUAGAAUAUAAUAUGUCUCCUCUUUUUGUUCUUGUCCAAUUUGAGAUGAUCAAAGUUUCAUGUUGGUAAGUAACUCACCAAACUAGAAUACGAUAUCAACCUCGCAGAAUGUUUCUAACACAAAAAAUUAGUAGAGGGCUUAAUCUCUUUGAUAUUGAUGUUAGAAUGGUCUAAAUUCUCAUUCAUUUUAUUACUAACAUGAAAUUAACAUUAUUCAACAUUGUAAUCCUGAAGACAAGAACAAAUAUUUGUUCUCUCUCAAUGUUGGCUAUUGGCUUGUCUAAACUGAAGACUACUUUGGCAACCGCAUUUAUCAGGUAAUCAUAAUGGCUAUUAUAAUCAAAUUGAAUCAAAAUAGGUGUUAUCCAUUAUUUUCCGGUCCUAUCGUCAUUUGUUAAGUCCCAUUGGGACAUGGUUCCAAUAUUUCAUUAAGAUAUUCCACAAAUAAUGUUGACUGUAAUUUUUGUAUGGAAAAUAGCAAAAACCAUUGAACCAUGAAGAAUUUGAUAUGGUUUCUUUCAAUCAUUUUUUUAUUUACUAAAACUGAUGUACAGGGUGGCGGGAAUUUGAGCCCCAUCAUUAGGAUCUUGUAUAUCUCUUACGGUUUACGUGAUCCCAAUGAAGAGGCUUGAAUUCCAGCCACCCUGUACAGUGUGAGUCACCAACUGUCAUCACUUACCUUCUCUUAUUUUCUCACAUUGAAGAAACGUUGACACUUCCCUCUAGCGUUUCUCAUUAUACAGGGUGUGUCUAUUAGAAUGAAUGUUGAUUAAUUGUGACAAUUUUGAAACUAAUCACUCUGUAUGUUGUAAGGAAUACUUGUUUUGUAGCCCGCAGUAAAUCAUUUGAGGCUCAUAAUGAAUUUUUUCUCCAAUCCGAAAAAGCAGUUGAUGAUCAACUUGCACAGACUGUAUGUAUCUAAGAAGUAUAAACUAAUGACAUAUUUUUUCUGGUGAUUCUGUGGCUAUUGUUAAUUACGAACAAGUUUCUUCCAUGUCAAAUUCUUCAGGGUAGAUUUUUAGGAAGUUUAUUUUGUAUAUUUUGUAAAUAUUGUAUUAUAUUGUAAAUGUAUGAGCAUAGUUGCC